AUGAAGACUUUAUUCUUAUUGGGUCUUGUGGCCCUCUACGCCGUCAGCGUUCACUGUGAUGAUGAACAAGACAAGAAGGAAAAGUAUGGAACUAUUAUUGGUAUUGAUCUCGGAACCACAUACUCCUGUGUCGGAGUUUUCAAGAACGGACGUGUAGAAAUUAUCGCCAACGACCAAGGAAACCGUAUCACUCCAUCAUACGUCGCCUUCACCGGGGAAAACGGAGAGCGUCUUAUCGGAGAUUCCGCCAAGAAUCAACUUACAAUUAACCCUGAAAACACAGUAUUCGAUGCCAAGCGUCUUAUUGGACGUGACUUCACUGACAAGACUGUUCAAGACGAUAUCAAGCUCUGGCCCUUCAAAGUUCUUGACAAGGCUAACAAGCCCACUGUUCAAUUGAAGGUUGGAAAGGAUGACAAGACUUUCACCCCAGAAGAAAUCUCCGCUAUGGUCCUCGUUAAGAUGAAAGAAAUUGCUGAGUCAUACCUCGGAAAGGAAGUCAAGAACGCCGUAGUCACCGUCCCAGCUUAUUUCAAUGAUGCCCAACGUCAAGCCACCAAGGAUGCUGGAACUAUCGCCGGUCUCAAUGUUGUCCGUAUCAUCAACGAACCAACUGCCGCCGCUAUUGCCUAUGGACUCGACAAGAAGGAUGGAGAACGCAACAUCCUCGUCUUCGAUCUUGGAGGUGGUACUUUCGAUGUUUCUAUGCUCACUAUCGACAAUGGAGUCUUCGAAGUAUUGGCCACCAAUGGAGAUACCCAUCUUGGAGGAGAAGAUUUCGAUCAACGUGUCAUGGAAUACUUCAUCAAGCUUUACAAGAAGAAGGCCGGAAAAGAUAUCCGCAAAGACAACAGAGCCGUCCAGAAGCUCCGUCGUGAAGUUGAGAAGGCCAAGAGAGUUUUGUCUACCCAACAUCAAGUCAAGGUUGAAGUUGAAUCACUCUUCGAUGGAGAAGAUUUCUCUGAGACUCUCACCAGAGCCAAGUUCGAAGAACUUAACAUGGAUCUUUUCCGUGCUACUCUUAAGCCAGUCCAAAAGGUUCUUGAAGAUUCCGAUUUGAAGAAGGAUGACGUUCACGAAAUCGUUCUCGUCGGAGGAUCCACCAGAAUCCCCAAGAUCCAACAACUCAUCAAGGACUUCUUCAACGGAAAGGAACCAUCUCGUGGAAUCAACCCCGAUGAGGCUGUUGCUUACGGAGCUGCUGUUCAAGCUGGAGUUAUCUCUGGUGAAGACGAUACUGGAGACAUCGUUCUUCUUGAUGUCAACCCACUUACCAUGGGUAUCGAGACUGUCGGAGGAGUCAUGACCAAACUUAUCACCCGUAACACCGUCAUCCCAACCAAGAAGUCUCAAGUCUUCUCUACUGCCGCUGAUAACCAGCCAACAGUCACAAUUCAGGUCUUCGAAGGAGAAAGACCUAUGACCAAAGAUAACCAUCAACUAGGAAAAUUCGAUCUUACCGGAAUCCCACCAGCCCCUCGUGGAGUUCCUCAAAUUGAGGUUACUUUCGAAAUUGAUGUCAACGGUAUCCUUCACGUAACCGCUGAAGAUAAGGGAACUGGAAACAAGAAUAAGAUCACCAUUACCAAUGACCAAAACAGACUCAGCCCAGAAGAUAUUGAGCGCAUGAUCAAUGAUGCCGAGAAAUACGCUGAAGAUGACAAGAAGGUCAAGGAGCAGGUUGAAGCUCGUAACGAACUCGAAUCAUACGCCUACUCCCUGAAGAACCAAAUCGAUGAUAAGGAGAAGCUCGGAGGAAAGCUUGAUGAUGAUGACAAGAAGACUAUCGAAGAAGCCGUCGAUGAGGCUAUUAGCUGGCUCGACAGCAACCGCGAAGCUUCAGUCGAAGAUCUCAAAGAACAAAAGAAGGAUCUCGAAGGAAAGGUCCAACCCAUCAUCAGCAAGCUUUACAAAGACGGAGGUGCCCCAACAGGAGAAGAAGGCGCAGGAGCCGAAGGAGCUGACGAGAAAGACGAGCUCUAA